GAACCCCUCGGUGUUUCAAGCCUCUUGUAACCAGCCAGCACUGGAUUGAUUGAAACCUUCACCAAUGGGAUUGGCAGCUGCUGGAGCUGACCAGUGAGUGGAAGCCAGAGGCGGGGCUUUGCUUUGUGGCCACUUUGAGACUUCUGUGGCUAGAGGUGCCUUGGGGAGCCACGGAGAGGCUGGUGCACAGACAUGCUCUUCAGCGCUGGCAGCUGGCUGCGUUUUGUGCUCUGUCUCUGCGCCUGCCCUUUUGCUGAUGGUUUACGCGUCCAUGAAUAUUUAUAUUUUCAAGUGCUGAGUCCUGGUGAUAUCCGCUACAUUUUCACGGCUACUCCGGCCAAAGAUUUUGGAGGCGUGUUUAACACGAGAUAUGAGCAGAUACACCUGGUCCCGGCAGAUCCUCCGGAGGCAUGUGGGGAGCUACACAAUGGCGUCUUCAUCCAAGAUCAGAUCGCCCUGGUGGAGCGUGGGGGUUGUUCCUUCCUGUCGAAGACGCGCGUCGUCCAGGAGCACGGCGGGAGGGCGGUGAUUAUCGCCGAUAACGCCUACGACAACGACAGCUUCUACGUCGAAAUGAUCCAGGACAGCACGAAGCGGACGGCAGACACUUCUUCCCCCGGGGUGCCCCCCUGCCCGUCUCUUCCCAGGUAUAUGAUCCGACGCUCCUUGGAGCAGCACGGGCUCCCCUGGGCCGUCAUCUCCAUCCCCGUCAACGUUACCAGCAUCCCGACCUAUGAAAUGAUGCAGCCGCCGUGGACCUUCUGGUAGCAGGGCGCGCGAGGGCAGCUCUGGGGGCCUUCCUGGGGGGGUCCGAGGAUGUAGCGACGGGCUUGGCUUUGAAGAACAGCCCCCGCCUGCCCUCGAGUCCCAAGCUCACGGGGGAACUCCCUCUGGACUGAGCCGCCCAGGUCAUUGCGCUGCCGCCGGCAGCCAGCUCGACGCCGACCUCUGGCGCCCCACGACUC